AUGAGGAGAGAAAAUAAAGAAAAGGGGAAGAAUCCCAUUAAGUUGGCCAAGAAAAAAAAAAAAAAUGCGAGAGGAAGUAGCAAAGGGGAAGAUAACGAUAUGGUAAAUAGUGAAACGAAUGACCAAGGGUCGGAUGUUAUAGAUGAUAAUAAUGCACCUAGCGAAAGGGAAGAAGCUAAAGGGACGGUUGCUACUGCUUCCCCAAGUGAUCUCCAAGGAGGCGGGGAAAAAACAUCUAACGAGGGAGAAGCGGAUGAGAAAUCCCCCCUUAGUGAUGUUCUGCCUGAAGCACAAAAUGGUAAUCUCCUUUCGGCUAACCCCAAGGAAAAGAAAAUGAGCGAAAAAAGGGAAGAUCAUUUUAAAGACCAAAGUGAAAGCUGUUAUGCUACUGGGAGGGACGAAAUGGGGACGCAGGUUAAGUGCUCAAAUGGGGAUCCACACUGUGACGAUGCUGCGAGGGGAAAUGAAAACCGAGGUGCGGAGGAGACACAAAGGAAAUGCGUUCGCCAAGGCACAGACGGUAGUGCCACCCAGGGGGGACGAGACCCCCAAAAGGGACACACAGAAUUGAGAGGAAGCCUCCCAGAGGAGGGCCAAAAAAAGGAAGAGGAACCAAACAGCAAAGAAAUAAAUCCUGACAAUAGUAGAAGUAAAAAGGGGAAGAAAUCUGUGCAAAGGUAUGAACCCUCUGUUAAGGUAAAUUUAGAAAAAGGGGAUAACGUGCGUGAUUCUGUUCCAGAGAGGAAGCACCCAGAAGAAGCAAAAUUAUGUUUGAAGGGGACUAACAGUGCCGCGGCUAAUGGAGACCACACCGCCGGAUCGCUCCCGAGCGGGUGCGAUUACCUAUCCGAAAGGCGCAAUAAGGACGAUGCGGAGGAGAAACAACCAAUUGAAGAUCAGACGAAGACGAGGCAGGCAAUGCGAAGCAUCGGUAACAGAAGUAUGGACCCUUCAAAGGAGCAGACACCAAGUGGUUAUUCAAAGGAGAAGACACCAAAUGAUUAUCCAUGCAGUAGUGCUGCACCUGGGGCAGAAGACCCAAAUAGACACCCCUCCAAUGAGGAGAACAUCCCACUGGAUGAACUUCUCUACGAAACGACAGAGAGAGCUAAGAAGUAUAACCGAACGAAUUAUGGGCUCAUGGGGAUACUAAAGGUAAUCAAAAUGACGGACCCCCAAUUGAAUAUCCUAGCAUUGGGAACCGAUCUCACAACCCUAGGGUUGAAUCUAAAUUCGCCGAAUUUUCUAUUCUCCUCAUUUACUUCCCCGAUAAGUGACGACCCAACAUAUAAUGAGGACUAUUUCGUCAAGCCCAGCUGUUAUUUAAAUACUCGCUUUCAAAUUCGUCUGUCCCUACUUCUGAAGCUGCAAACGGAGACGCUGUUUUAUAUUUUUUACAAUCUACCUAGAGACGUACUGCAGGCUUAUGCUGCCUCGGAGCUGUAUCUGAGAAAGUGGACCUAUCACAUGAACUAUAAAAAAUGGUUUCUCCCGAGAAAUUUGGCCAAUCAGGGCAACUUAAGCAGCUGCCGCUCUUGGAUUUACUUUGAUCCGGUCACAUGGACGAAGAAAAUGUAUGACGAUUUUUUAAGUGUCAAAGAUAUGAUGCAUGUGAAGGAUGUUACCAGAUGUAUUGAGCACAUCAUCCAGGUGCAGUCCAACUAUAGCGCCAAUGUGGCAAAUCCUCCUAAUUGUGCGAAUGCAAGUCAAGGCGCCUCCCCGUAA